GAUCUAAUAUUUAUUCAACCGAACCGGUUUACCAUCAUCGUCGUCGUCAGUCGUCACUCUCACUCGUCUCUUAACCUAAUUUCACAUUCGAUUCUCUUGAUCAGAGGUGCUACUAACAAUGCGCCUCCCAACUCCGAUAAUCAACGAAAGUCGCCGCCUUUCAUCUUCCUCACGGUCAUGGAUAUCUCCCAUCUCCUUAAUCAAGAAGAAACCAGACCCACCUCCCGAAUCUUCAAUCUCACAAGUGGACCUAAACCCUAAACCCCAAUUCAUCUCUCACGAAUCCGCAAUCAACCUCAUCAAACGCGAGAGAGACCCUCAGCGAGCCCUCGACCUCUUCAACAAAGCCUCCCAACAGAAAGGCUUCAACCACAACAGCGCCACGUACUCCGUCCUCCUGGACAAUCUCCUCAGGCACAAGAAGCUUAACGCCGUCGACGCGAUUCUCCGCCAGAUGAAGCACGAGACUUGCAGGUUCCAGGAAGGUCUCUUCCUCAACCUGAUGAGACACUUCUCCAGGUUCGAGCUGCACGAUAAGGUGAUUGAGAUGUUUGGUUUGAUCCAAGUGAUCGCACGUGUGAAGCCUUCUCUCAACGCUGUUAGCACGUGCCUCAACCUCCUUGUUGAUUCGAAGGAGGUUGGUUUAGCUAAGAAGCUGUUAUUGUAUGGUAAAAAGAAUCUUGGGUUGCAGCCGAACACUUGCAUUUUCAAUAUUUUGGUGAAGCAUCACUGCAAGAAUAAGGAUGUUGACUCUGCGUUUGGGGUUGUGGAGGAGAUGAAAAGAUCCGGACUUUCGUAUCCGAAUUUGAUCACUUACUCGACGUUGAUGGAGUGUUUGUUUGUACAGUCAAGAUCCAAAGAAGCUAUGGAGUUGUUUGAGGAUAUGAUCUCUAAAGAAGGGAUCUCUCCGGAUCCUGUGAUGUUCAAUGUUAUGAUCAAUGGGUUCUGUCGUGAGGGGGAGGUUGAGAGGGGAAAGAUGAUUAUAGAGUUUAUGAAGAAGAAUGGAUGCAACCCUAAUGUGUAUAACUACUCUGCUUUGAUGAAUGGGUUUUGUAAAGAGGGAAGGGCUCAGGAAGCUAAAGAAGUCUUUGAUGAGGUGAAGGAGACUGGUUUGAAACUAGACACGGUUGGUUAUACAACGUUGAUGAACUGCUUCUGUAGGAAUGGUCAAGUUGAUGAGGCUAUGGAGUUACUUGGAGAGAUGAAAGCAUCUGGAUGCAGAGCUGAUGCGUUAACUUACAAUGUGAUUCUCAGGGGGUUGUGCGGAGAAGGAAGAACAGAAGAAGCUCUUGAGAUGUUAGGUCGAUGGGGAUGUGUAGAAGGAGUUCAUCUGAACAAAGGUAGUUAUAGGAUCAUACUGAACGCGUUGUGCAAGAAUGGUGAGCUGGAGAAAGCGGUGGAGUUUUUGAGUUUGAUGUCGAAGAAAGGGGUUUGGCCACACCAUGGGACUUGGAACGAGUUAGUAGUUCGCCUCUGCGGAUCCGGGAAUGCAGAAAUGGGGAUUCGAGUUCUGACAGGGUUUGUGGGAAUGGGUUUUAAACCAGAGCCUGAGUCUUGGAGAGCUGUGGUUGAAUCAAUAUGCAAAGAGAGGAAGUUAUUACAUGUCUUUGAAGUUCUUGAUUCUUUAGUUUCUUGAUUAUUUAAACCCCUUUAUUGAUA